AAACUGGAGCAGAGAAAACACUUAAUCAGGAAGUGAAACUACACUUCGCAGACCUGGCAGAGGAGAUGAACCGUAUCUGCUGUCCGAUCUGCAGUAAAGUCCUCAGCCGGGGUGCGACCACACCGUGCGGACACAACUUCUGCCUGCAGUGCCUCCAGGACCACUGGGACCGGGACGAGAGGAGACAGCGUCCCUGCAGCUGUCCGGAGUGUGGACACAAGUUUCCCUCCAGACCUCAGGCGAUAGGGACGUCAGCUGACAUGCUGAGAGACAAAGAGAAGGGGAAACAGUCCAUGAAGAGACGCUGGACAGAAACCCCAGCAGGGAGCAGAGUGUGUGUGAGACACAGCAGCCCUCUGGAUAUUUACUGCUGCACGGAGGAGCAGAUCAUCUGUGCAGAGUGUGCCUCAGCUGAGCAUACGGGACACACCAUCGGCUCAGUGAGGGAGGAGAGGAGGAGGAAACAGGAGGAGCUGAAGAACAUACAAACAAAAUCCAAGCAGAUUCUCCAGAAAGAAGAAAAGAAAUUGAAGAAGAUGGAGAUGACGCUCAAACAGAUUCAGGAGGAGGCGAGAGAAGCUCAGGACUACUGUGAAAUGGUCCUGGUGGGCGUCAUAGACUGCCUCCAGAAACGUUACAUGUCCGUGAGGAGGCAGAUCAGACGUCAGGAGGAGGAGGCGACAGCUCAGGUUCAGACCUCCCUACAGAGCCUGCAGGCAAAGAUGAAGGAGAUGAAGAAGAGAGACGCUGAGCUGGAUCAUCUGGCAGAGACUGACUGUGAUGUCCACUUCCUGCAGGAAUGGCCCUCUGUGCGUCGCCUCUGUGAAAGAGACCGUCUCCGUCCUCUCUGUGAGGUUUCAGAGGAUCCGCUGCUCCCCUUUGAGCCCACGAAGAGAGCCGUCGACCAGAUCGGGAGGCAACUGGAGCAAUUUUGCCACAAAGAAUUCGCCACAAUCUUGCAAGCUGCUGAUGAUGAAGAGCAGCAGGAAUCAGGAGGAGAGACGGAUGAGGAAGACAUGGAGCAAUGUGAAGCCAGUACCUCACAAUCCCACGGUUUCUGCAGAGUUAACAACACUCAGACUGAGAAGGUGGAGCCAAAAACAAGAACAGAGUUCCUGCGUUAUGCGUGCAGCCUCAGUCUGGACCCUGCCACAGCUCACGUGGACCUGGUUAUUUCUGCAGGAGACAAAGAAGUGUCUCGUGUCCAGUGCAAGAGUCCAACCAUUCGUUACCCGCAGAGGUUCCUCCACCGACACCAGGUGCUGUGCAGGGAGGGACUGCAGGCCGAGUGCUGCUACUAUGAGAUAGAGAUAGAAGGAGACAAGGCUGAGAUUGCCCUCGCCUACAAAGGUAUAGACAGAAAGGCUCGCUCUAAACUAUCCGCUUUUGGGGCCACUGAAAAUUCCUGGAGUCUUGAUUGCUCCACACACUACUCUGUGAGCCACAGAGCUGAAAGCAUCCAGCUCACAGCUGAGCCGAGUCGUCGGCUGAGCAGACUCGGUGUUUAUCUGAAGUUUAAAGAGGGGACUCUGUCUUUCUACGAGGUGUCAGAGUCAGACACUAUGAAGUUUCUUUACAUGGUUGAAGCUGAAUUCACAGAGCCGCUGUAUCCGGGCUUCUGGCUCGGGGAGAAAUGCCUCAUCAGGAUCUGUGAUUUAAGUCUAUGAGCUACCUGAGAGGUUCGUAGACA